UUAUGUGAGACAAAAUUGAAUCCCCAAAUCAAAAUCAAGAUCUUCCGCCCUCAGCAGCCCUCAUCGCCAUGGCCGAAACCGAGCAAUCGCCGCCCAAUGCCACCGCCUCCGACAAAUACUCCAACGUUUCCUUCAGCAUCUGGCCACCUACUGACCGCACGCGCGAGGCCGUCAAGAACCGCCUCAUUGAGACCCUCUCCUCCCCAUCCAUUCUCUCCAAGCGCUACGGCACCGUUUCGCGCGACGAAGCGGUUGAAGCCGCCAAGCUCAUCGAGCAGGAGGCCUUCGAGGUCGCCGGAAAAGCGGCGUCCACUGAUGAAGACGGGAUCGAGAUUUUGCAGGUCUAUUCCAAGGAAAUUAGCAAGCGGAUGCUUGAAACUGUAAAGGCCAGAUCUGGAGAGUCGGCGCCCGCUCCGGAGACUGCGACGGAGACCGACGAGCCGCACAAGGCGGAGGAGGAGGAUGCAGGGUCAACCGCGCCGCCGCAGAGUGAGAAAACCGAGUCUAUUGCCGAUGAUGAAUGAGUAAUCGAAAUAUUGUUAAAUUUUCGCUUUGAUUUCUAUUUUCUAAUUUUGCUAGUGAUAUCAUGCCGAUGUAUUUUUAUGUUGAGAUUGGGGAUCUACUUGGUAUUGCUGUUAUGUGGAUGCCUUGUUCUUAAAUAUAUUACUAUUAGGUUAUUUAGCUCUUUA